CUUUGCUGGGAAUCUGUGCCAAAGAAUUGCAAGGAUCUAAUCUCAUUUGAAAGAUUUGUGCUAUGGAUAUUGGAUUGGAGGGAAAGAGACUAGAAGAGGUAUGCCAGAUAAGGAACCUGAGGCACCGCUGUCCACAAGGUCAAACACCAAGUAAAUUUCUGAGGUGGGGUUUGAACCCAGUCUUCCGGACUUCAAGUCAAGCACCCUAUUAUCCUGCUAUGUCAAGCUGUGUAUUCACAUAUUCUUCCAGAGAUGAUGACUCUUAACUACUUACCCUCCUACCUUCAUUGGGGUUUCUCAUGUUCCCAGAAGAUUGCUAAUGAAACCUGCAGGAGACAACAAUGAGAAGGAAGAGGAAAAUUUUCAACAAGAAAAUCCAGAAAAUGGGGAAGUAGACGCAGUGCCUUCGGAAUGGUACAAAAGAGACAUUUCCCUUCAUCCUAAAUUGGGGAGGGAGUGUGAGAACGAACCAAGAUUCCCUGAUCAGAAAAGGGUAGGUAUGUCUAUACCUCAAGAAAAGAGAUUUAUAAGUCUUUUGAUUACUAUUGAAAAUUCUACUCAAUUUGAAGAACUUUCCCACUUUGUAGGAACUAGAAUCUCUUGUCUCCAAGAACAGGCAGCACCAACAUGCUUUAAAUGUCUCCUGUGUGAUAAAGCCUUUAUCAAAAGAUCAUACCUUAUGUCACACCAGAGAAGCCACAAGAGAACGAAACCCUAUAAAUGCACUGUCUGUGAGAAAAACUUCAAUAAGAAGUCAAAUCUCAGUGCUCAUGAGAAAGUCCAUACAGGGGAAAAGCCAUAUAAAUGUGAUGCUUGUGGGAAAAACUUUGCUCAGAGAUCCAACCUUGUUUCACAUGUGAAAAUACAUAAGAAAUCCCAAACAUAUGAAUGUGCUAAUUGGGGGGAAAACUUCAGUCGAAGAACACAUCUCAUUCACCAUGAGACCAUCCACCUCGUAGACAAUACUAAUAAAUGUGAGAAGUGUGGGAAAAGCUUCAUUUGUAAAUCAAAAUUUAUACAGCAUCAGAGAACCCAUACAGGGGAAAGACCCUACAAGUGUCCAACAUGUGAUAAAAGAUUUAGUCAGAAAUCAGACGUUUUAAUUCACCAGAUAAUUCAUACUGGAGAGAAACCUCAUAAAUGUACUGAGUGUGGCAAAAGUUUCACUCAGAAAACAAAUCUUGCUAGGCAUAAGAAAACACAUUCAGGACAGAAACCCUAUAAGUGCAUUGACUGUGUGAAAAGUUUUGGUAGGGUUUCACACCUUAUUACACAUCAGAAAAUCCACACAGGAGAGAAACCCCAUAAAUGUAAUCAGUGUGGCAAAAAAUUCAUUUGGAACUCAGAUCUGAUACACCAUCAGAAAAUUCAUACUGAAGAAAAACCUUAUAAAUGUUUCAUAUGUAAGAAAAGAUUCACUAAGAAUUCAAAUCUUGCUGCCCAUCAUAAAAUUCAUACAGGAGAGAGGGCCCAUAAAUGUAACAAUUGUGAAAAGAGCUUCAGUCGGAGCUCACAUCUACUUACACACCAGAGAAUCCAUACUGGAGAAAAACCUUAUAAAUGUUUCAUGUGUGAGAAGAAGUUCAACUGCAGUUCAAACCUCAUUACUCAUCAGAGAAUACAUACAGGAGAAAAGCCAUAUAAAUGCACAAUGUGUGAGAAAAGUUUUAGUCGCAGCUCAGACCUUGUUAAUCAUGAGAGAACCCACACAGGAAUAAAACCAUUUAAGUGUGCUAUAUGUAAGAAAAGCUUCAGUCGAAGUUCUCACUUGAUAACUCACCAGAGAAUCCACACAGGAGACAAACCCUUCAAAUGUGUAAAGUGUGGGAAAUGUUUCAGUGAUAAAUCAUACUUCAGUUACCAUCAAAAAAUUCACGUGCAUUAGGACUGAAGAAGUGAAGACUAUGUUCUUUAAGUUGGCAGAAGUUACUAAGAUAAAUGGAACAAACCAGAAACUCAGUGAACAAGAUUAGGAUCUGAAGACUGAAUGGUUUGGGAAAUGUAAAGAUGAAGUUUAAUGUUCAGUUGUAAAAACAAAUGUUUUUUAUUUGUAUUGGUGUUAGUCAAAAGAUGAAUUGUUCAAAGUUAAUGACACCAGCCUGAAAAAAAAGAUGCAAUAACUGCCUUUCAUUAUUAAUUCCCACAAAGUUGUUUUAUUCCUCACCCUUUAAUGCCUUUGUGUUUUUUAUGGUUGUGUUGUGGGAUGCAUAGGCAAAGAAGCAUUGGGAUUGAAAAGAAUAAGUUUCUUAAGUUGGCUGAGAAUACCGAUUAAGUUGGAAAUAGAACUUUGGUGAACAAGAUUAGAAUUUGAAGACAGUGCUUUGGGCAGUAGAAAAAUAAAGCUUAAAGUUCAGAUUUAUGAAUAAAUUUUAUAUUUGUGUUGGCUGGUCAAAACAUCUGAUGGAUUUUUCAAGGUAAAUGAUACUAGCUUAGUGAGAAAAACUAAAGGGGCUAAGUUUUGUCAUUGACCCCCACAAUUAAAAUUGUUCCAUUAUCCUUUGAAUACAAU